CCCGAUAUGUUUCGGGCAACAAAAGUGUGGAAUCAAGUGUUGCAUUCAUUUUAUAUCGGAAUCCAACUAAAGAAACACAGAAAACAUAUGAAAAGUCAUUACAACUGUUUUGUGGCCAACGAAGCCGUCAAUUGGAUACACAGUUAUCUCCAAAUGUGUUCACAUUUUGACGGACAACAGAUAACAAGAUAUCAAGCCAUCAAUUUGUUGAGAAAAUAUCUUCAGACCGGUGUCAUCGAGAAUGUGGACACACGUAAAGUUGGUGACGAGUUUCAGGACAACAAAGACUUGUAUCGAUUUACACGUGAGGCCAAUGAGAAUCUGCCGUUUAUAUCGAGCUCUAACCUGAAGCCGAUGUCCGCUGUCAUAGGCGGUGAUAGCUGUGAAGAUAAAAAGUCAGAUAAUUCAGUCAAAUAUGAUGAACAAUGUAUCACAAGAGCUAUUAAUGAGAUGUCAUUAACCGAAAGAUGUGAUGUCUUUAAGCAAAUAUUUUUUGAUCGAUUUUCGACUUUAUUACCAAAAGUCGAUGAUUUUAUUAGAAAAGAUGAAAUAAUUUCAUUGAAUUUAAUGCAUAAUAUGACCCGAAUUAGUCCUAACGGUGUGGUCAGACUCACAGAUAAGACUGAAGAUUUACCCCAUUGGGUGAUGUCAGCUAUGAAAUGUUUGGCUAAUUGGCCAAAAGCGUCGGGAAGUGACAGCUGUUUACCGAAAUAUCCGGGUUUUGAAAACGAUGUCUUUGCUGUUGUGAGAGACUAUUUUAUUAAUAUAGGAAUACCAUUAAUUCCCAAUCAAUUAUAUCCAUUAAUAAUUCAUAUAUACGACAAAUUCACAUUUAAAUCAAUUAUCCCAUCAAAUACCAUACAUAUGAAUAGCUUGAAUCUCAACAGAAAAUCAAUGUCUAAUCAGAUGCCAACACCUGUUCACUACACUUUGACCGCAAAACUCAAUAAGCAAAACACAUCGACACCAAUACUUGAAUCUCAAGCGCCCAAAACUACUGUAGAUUUGCCACCUAAUCAUAUCUAUGAAACGGUAUUCAUGGGUGAUAUACCGGUCACCAAAAUUGUAUCCAUUGAUGAACUAACGAAUCUUUUUGUGAACAAUCCACGGAUUCGAAGUCGAAGUUCAUUUCGUGAGAAUAGUUAUAGAAAUCAACCGAUGAAAUCAAAUGAUUGCACCAAUCGUUAUGUUGACGCCAUAACAACUAUACCCAGAAUACCGCGAAAGUUUAAUUGCUAUAAAAGUCCUAUCAGUGAAAGUAUUUACAAAACUAGAUACCAGUCGCCAAACUCAAGCGCCGGUAGUAAUGGUAGUCCAUUUGGUUAUUAUAAUUACGGCUUUGCAAUGCAAAGUCCCACCGAAGACGGCGAAUAUAUGGAAAACAAAAGCGUAUCGUCGCUGUCAACCAUUCAGAUGUCACCCGUUUCUCAAAGUGAUCCAAAAGACAACUUAAGCGCACAGUUCUCUAAGUCAUCAAAUAAUUCGCUACAAAAUACUGUAAUUAAUAAAAACGACGACAACAAUGAAGAAAAAUUGAUCGAAACAUUAAGAUUGUGUCUAUUGUUAAUGCCGUCAUCAAAUAGAAGACAUUUACAUCUAUUAUUACGAUUAAUGUCGAAGAUUAUCCAAAAUAAGGAAAUCAAGUUCUGUUUUAACGAAGAUAUUUCAGUCAAGGAUUAUAUAUUAAUGAUAUUUACCAGAAGUAUAUUAUGCGCCGACAAAGAGAGUAUUUAUGACGAAUUAAAAGCACAGAAAAUUGUUUGUCUUUUGCUCGACGAAUGUAAAGAACUUUUUAAAGUACCACAGAAUCUAAUGCAAGAAAUUAAUGAACUUCUUGUAAAUAAAGCUAAAGAGAAAUUAUUUAGUGAACAACAAGUUAAACAAUAUUGUCAGACAAUAACAAGUGAAGAGUUUGAACUACAGAGAGAUGUAAUGUCUGAGUAUGCGUUGGCCGACCUAUUGAAGAGUAUUAUGACUGAUGAACGACUUAGUGAUAGGGAUAAACUCAAAUGGAUUAAACAGUUUAAGUCAUAUCAUCCGGAUGUCUAUGACUUGUAUUUCACAAAUCAAAUAAAAGUAUCCAAAAGUGAAGAAUAUCUCAACAAAAGAUCCGAUAAAAAGAUGAAUCGAUUACAAAACAAAUCUAAUUUAUUAAAAAAAUAUUGUUGA